AUGGCUUCUCCCUUGAAUCUCGAUAACAUCCAGGGUGAUAUCUUGUCUGGACUUCCCAAGAAGGGAGAGAUAUUCUUCUUCUUUCAGAUCAACAAGGACCUCCUCCAAGAUUUCUGCACCGGAGUCGGUCAGCUUGCUCAUCACGUCACAUCUGUGACCCAGUGUGAGGAUGACAGACAAAAGAUCGUCAAGGAAAAGGAGAGAGCUGCAUUGCAUGAUACAACUCCGAAACUUCUGGAGUUGAGUGGCAUCAAUAUUGCGUUCUCUCAUAAAGGCCUCAAAGCUUUGGGGAUCAGAGACCCCAUUGGUGAUGAUGUCUUCGUGAAGGGUAUGGUUGCAGAUGCUGAUGGGGAAGACCGCGACGUUGACGGAGAGGGGGAACCUUCCAAAUAUCUCAACGAUGAUUUGAGCCAAUGGGAGCCAGAAUUCCGUGAUGAAGAGAUCCACGGAGUGAUUCUCAUCACCGGUAGCAGCCACCCAAAGCUCAAAGAAACUCUUUCAAAGGUCAAGAGUAUCUUCAAGGUUGGCCGGAAUGGAGCUAGCAUUACCGAAGUAACUCAUGUCGAAGGACACGUCAGACCUGGCGAUGUAGCUGGGCAUGAACACUUCGGAUUUGCCGAUGGUAUCGCCCAACCUGCAGUCGAUGGCGUUCCGACCUUGGUCCAUCGAGGCACAGACACGAUUCAUCAAGGAAUAAUCCUCGUGGGUCGACCAGGAGACGCGUUGAGAGAGAGCAGACCUUCAUGGGCUUUGGACGGAAGCUUUCUUGUAUUCCGUAAACUCAAGCAGAAGGUCCCAGAAUUUCAGAAGUUUCUCGACGUCGAAGGCCCAAAGAAUCGGCUCACUCCUGAUCUUCUAGGUGCCAAGUUGGUCGGUAGAUGGAAAAAUGGAGCGCCUGUUGAGAACUUCCCGCUUGAACCUGCUUCAGAGGACGAUAAAGCCAACUUCAAGGCUGCUGCUAAAGACUCUUCUCAAAAUGAUAACUUUCGCUAUCAACAGAAUGUCAAGCAGAAGAAUUGCCCAUAUGCAGCACAUACCCGCAAGACGAAUCCCAGAGAUGACUUUCCGUUCAAUAUCGAUGCUCAUCAGGAACAUCGUAUCAUCCGUCGUGGCAUACAGUACGUAUCUAAAUCCUGUCCUUUCCAUCAGUCGGUCAGGUAUUUUCGAGACGUGCCUUCGCAUCCUCUCAAGGCCCCGACUCAGAUCAUCAAGGCUAACCUCAUAAUGCCCUUAGGUAUGGACCUGAAGUUACUGACGAAGAGAUUACGACUGCAACAAGCUCACCAGAUCUCAAGCUCGAGCGUGGCCUUCUUUUCGUCUGCUACCAGAGCGACCUCUCAAAAGGGUUCUCCUUCAUUCAAAAACUCUGGGCAAACAACACAGGGUUCCCCAACAAAACCAGAACUGAUCCUAAAAUUACACGUCCUGGCUUCGACCCCAUCAUUGGCGCUGCUCAUUUCAAUAAGCCGGAGCCAAGUCGCCAAAUGGUCGGCUUCGAUGCAGAAGACCAAGGGAAGUCACUAG